CGAUUAAUCCCGUGGGAAUCUUAAGAAAUAUUGUACUUUUUUAUCCUAAGUAUAAGAAUUAUUUUAGUUGUGACUGAAUGUAAGGUAUAGAUGUUUCUGGUCAGACAACAAGACAUGAAUCUCAACAUUUGGCCGUUUUAUGGCAUUUUCAUUGUCUUUGCUGUCUUAGGAGUUGGUCAAGCAGCAAUACAAGACAUAUGUGGAACACGGUCAGGUUUAUCCAGAAUAGCUGGAGGGAAAGAUUCAUCUGGUAUUUGGCCAUGGCAAGUUGAGCUAUUGAAGGUCAAUAAAAAUGUAACAGCAUACGUACACAAGUGCGGUGGUGUUUUAAUUGAUGAAAAAUGGGUGAUUACAGCAGCGAGCUGCGUCUUCCAGGAUCCUUAUCCUACCUUUUACAAAGUCAAAAUAGGCAAGCGUGACCGCAGCAAGAAAGAACCAGGAGAGCAAGAAAUCUUUGUGGAGUCUUUAAAAAUUAACCGGGAUUUCUUGGCCGGAGAUGACAAGACAAACGACAUUGCCUUGCUUAAAUUAGCAAAGGAAGUAAAAUUUGGAAGAACCGCUCGACCCAUUUGCUUGCCAGAGCCAUUGAGCCGAGUUAGAGCUGGAAAGAUGUGCGUAAUGACAGGAUGGGGAAGGUUUGCUACUGGUGAAGAUAAACCUAAUGUCUUACAAGAAGCUCGUGUGCCAAUCGUGAGCCACCGAAAGUGCGACAGAAAGAACGGUCAGCUGUCUGCUAUUGACGACUGGACCAUGCUGUGUGCUGGUUUUAAGAAUAAGAAGAAAAGUGGCUGUCAAGGUGACAGUGGUGGCCCUCUAGUUUGUAAGGAAGGCAAUAGAUGGGUUCUCCGUGGAAUAAUAAGUUGGGGCAGCAUGAAAUGUGACGGUCGUGAAGCAUACUCCGUGUUUACUCGUGUCAGUCACUUUAUGCACUGGAUGUACUUUGUCAAGCUGAUUCCACAAAGAACGUACAAACAAUGCAUGGAUAAUCACUGGUACUGUGGAGACUGGGAAGAGAAAGGGCUUUGUACUAACAACUACUACAAAAAUAUAUUGCGAAUAUACUGUCCAAGGACUUGUGGACAUUGCAAGAACUGAAAGUACCAUAAUGGCUCUGGAGAUCCGUGGAUCAAUUCCCAGGAUGUUUAAAAGAAACGAGAGGUUUAUGAUUUGCUACAUAAUCAUUGUACGAAAAACAGGGAUUUGACUAUCAAUAAAUAUGCAUGAUUACAACCUAA